UAUUUAAUCGCUCUACUUUACCCCCGCGGUCUCUUUGUUCUUUACCUGCUAUUCAUUUCUUUGGAAUGAAUGACUUCGAGCCGCUGUACUCUCCGUUUUUCGGUAUAAUGGGCACUACAGCUGCCAUGGUUUUAUCAGCAUGUGGGGCGGCCUACGGCACUGCAAGAUCAGGAAUGGGCAUUUCUUGUAUGUCGGUAGUAAAGCCGGAACUCGUUAUGAAGUCGAUUAUACCUGUCGUAAUGGCAGGUAUUGUUGCAAUUUACGGUCUAGUCGUUGCUGUUCUGAUCGCACAGCGUGUAGAUGACUCGUAUACCUUGGAAAAAUCCUUUAACGACUUGGGGGCUGGACUAUCUGUCGGGCUUAGUGGACUAGCCGCCGGUUAUGCAAUUGGAAUUGUUGGGGACUGUGGAGUUCGUGGUUAUUUGAAGCAGCCUCGUCUAUUUGUUGGAAUGAUUCUUAUCUUAAUAUUUGCCGAAGUUUUAGGACUUUAUGGCCUUAUAGUUGCUUUAGUUCUCUCAACGAAAGAUCUCAUUCCAUUUAAAUAA